AUGCCCAGACUCCAAUACAUGGCUACAUUAUCGCAAGGAGUGGGCCAUACCAGUCCCUUGGUAUCCAAAGACAACGUGACCGCCUUCAUCCCUACUGAUAUAGCAUUCAAUCAGAUUAGUCGUGAUGAAGUGAUUGCGUUGUUCGCUAACCGUACUCUAGCAGAAAAGACCGUGAGAUCCCACGUGGUCCAGCAUCUGAUCGAUUUGGACUUGAUCUCAGUGGGAAUGGAUACUCAAUUAACCAAUUUGGCGGGCGACCAGAUCACGCUCUUCAAACAACACGAUGGACGGAUCUUGGUCAUCAGUCCCUUGGGCAUCGCUCGAAUAGUGGGUCAAAACAUUCAGGCCUCCAAUGGGAUCAUACACGUGGUUGACACGGUUCUUUAG